AUGAACGAUCUAUUCUCAGGAUCCUUCUCCCGCUUCCGCAACCACGGCGGCGACCAGUCCCCGCCGCCGCCGGACUCCCACAGCAUCGAGAUGACCACCGGAGGCGUCAACCUCGACCGCUUCUUCGCCGACGUCGAGUCCGUCAAGGACGACCUCCGCGACCUCGAGUCCCUCCACGCCCAACUCCUCUCCGCCCACGACCAGAGCAAAACCCUCCACGACGCCAGAUCCGUCCGCGACCUCCGCUCCCGCAUGGACGCCGACGUCUCCGCCGCACUCAAGAAGGCCAAGCUCGUCAAGGUCCGCCUUGAGGCCCUCGACCGGUCCAAUGCCGCCAACCGCAGCGUCCCCGGCUGCGGACCGGGCAGCUCCUCCGACCGGACCCGCACCUCCGUCGUCAACGGCCUCCGUAAGAAGCUCCAGGAGAGCAUGUCCCGAUUCGCCGACCUCCGCCAGCGGAUGGGGUCCGAGUACCGGGAGACCGUCCAGCGGCGGUACUUCACCGUCACCGGCGAGAAUCCGGACGAGGCCGUCCUAGACCGGCUGAUCGAGACCGGGGAAAGCGAAACGUUUAUGCAGAAGGCGAUUCAGGAGCAGGGGAGGGGGCGCGUGAUGGACACGAUCGCCGAGAUCCAGGAGCGGCACGACGCGGUGCGGGAGAUUGAGAGGAACCUGAGGGAGCUGCACCAGGUGUUCCUGGACAUGGCGGUGCUGGUGGAGAGCCAGGGGGAGCAGCUGGACGACAUCGAGAGCCAGGUGAACCGGGCGAGCUCGUUCGUCAGGAGCGGGGCCCAGCAGCUGGAGGUCGCCAGGAAGCACCAGAAGAGCUCCCGGAAGUGGGCCUGCAUCGGGAUUCUGAUUCUGUUGGUUGUUGUGUUGAUUAUCGUGCUCUCGCUCAGGCCGUGGAGUAAUGGCGGUGGCGGCGGCGGUGGUGGGCAGACCCCGGCAGCACCGGCUGGUGGCGCGGCGCCUCCGCCGCCGAUGGCGGCUUGA